CGCGAAAGCGUCACGAAGGCUCCGGUUUACUUUUGACUUCGACGCGCGUCUCUCUCUCUCUCUCUCUCUCUCCCCGACAAAUCACUACUACCACAUCUCUCCUCUCAUCUUCUGUAACAUCCACAUUCACACCGUUUCCUCUCAAUGCCUCUAAUUGCUCAGCCGACCCAAAACGGCGGUACCAUCCUCGCAAUCGCAGGCAAGGAUUUCUCAGUUGUCGCUGGCGAUACUCGUCAGUCAGAGGGUUAUAGCAUUCAGACGCGCUAUGCUCCUAAAGUUUUCAGAUUAACCAACAAAGCUGUUUUGGCCGUGAACGGUUUUGCAGCGGAUGGCAAUAUGUUUGUAAAGACCGUUCGUCAACGAUUAGAGUGGUACAAGCACGCCCAUGCGAAGGACAUGCCUCUGCGUGCGAUCGCGCGACUCAUUCAGACUCUGCUCUAUGCUAAGCGGUUUUUCCCAUACUACGUCUACAACAUCCUUGGAGGCAUCGAGGAAGACGGCACUGGUGCGGUAUACAGCUUUGACCCCGUUGGCUCUUACGAACGCGAGGCUUGUCGUGCUGCGGGAGCCGCUUCUUCCCUGAUACAACCUUUCUUGGACAACCAGAUCUACUUCAAAAACCAAGUUGCAAUCACUGUUCCUCACCCCCAACAUCUUCCGCUUCUCGAUGUCCUCUCACUCGUCACGGACAGUUUUACUAGCGCAACAGAACGACACAUCGAGGUCGGCGAUGGGUUAGAAAUUUACGUCGUCGUCGCAGCGUCGUCGUCUGCUGCUGAGGCUGCGGCUGGUGGUGGCAGUACUUUGACAGCGGAACUUUUAUCGAUUCCAGGUGUGGAAGAAGUCACUUCAGGUGGAAACGAGGAGAGGAUUUUCGUCUUUCGACGAGAACUAAAGAAAGAUUAAUAUUUACACCACGGGUUUUUUUUUUCCUUAAUGUAAACCGCUAAUAUUUGGGUUUGAAAAGACAAAGGAUGGCAUGUAAUUUGGCAUUUGCAGCAGGAUUGAAAGUAUCUUGGCUCGAUCUCAAGGGAUGUGUGCAUGAACUGGUACAUGAUGGUUUUUCAAUUACUGGGUUUUCCACUUUCGUCUCAUCCUCGCGCUGAAAUCCCGAAUGUAUUUGUUCUUCCCCUGUCCUCCCCCCUCUAGCUUGGUGUAGUUCCACUAGCUCCGACCUGCAUCCCUUUGUAGCAGCCGAUCAAAGACAUCAUCAAAAUUAUGUUUUUUUUCCCUUCACUAGUACUUCAGUAGUCUGGUUAUUUCGCACAUACAUGCAUGCGCUAGUAACUUGUUCUUGAUCCAUUUACUUACUGUAAUAUUUCUGUCAUCUCGGAGUAACUUACAAUAUUGAUUGCUUUGGAGCCCG